UCGGAGGCUUGCUAUGUGAAAGGGGUUACCAGGACAGAAGUUUGAGAACCACUGAUUUAAAGUAAAGAUGUUCUGCUGUUAGGCUCACAAAUACCAUUCACUCACUUAAUGAAAAGAGACUGAUGGAUUUAUUUAAUAAACAUUAUUUCUGUCAUACUUUAAAUUUUAAUGUAAAUUCAGUUUUUUGUAAUCUUCUAGAAUGUGAAUUUAAUACAAAAAACAUGGGAACCACCUUUUGCAUGCUGCUUACAUGAUCCCAAAUGUAAAAUGCAUCCUUGUACAAACAGUUUAUUCAUAAUGUAAAAGCAUUAACUUCCACCAGCACUUAUUAAAUAUGGGUAAAUUCUAGUUGUAAACAUCUCUUUCUCAGGGCAGGAGUUUUCCUGUGCUGUUGGUUAUGGAUGAAGUGUGGAGUAUCAGCUCUGCGUUUUUGUAUUGUGUUUUUUCUAAUUCUUUUAAAAUGUUACCACUAAGCUUUUUUAAUGUUAGUUUUGUAACAGUCUUAUUAAUUCAGGAGAUGACCUGUUUGAACCUGCCUCAUGUUUUGUUAAUCUGUAAUGAAUCUUAACAUGCAUGACUGGCCCAAUUAGUGAACCAUGUUUUCAUGAAGCAUAAAUACUCUGACAAGUGACAGCUUAUUGUACUCCAAGCUGACAUUUUUAACAGAAAAGUCCAAUGCGUUUCUGAGGAUGAAUUGUAUUUUGGCUCUUGUUAGUUUUCUUCUGCUGAUUUUCCUGGAAGUAGCCCAGUCUUGUCCUCCAAUCUGUAAAUACUGCUCCACAGGGCUAGCAGAAUGUGAGCAUGUCUCGUCGCUUCAGGAAGUCUUACCAGGUUUGCCAAACUCCACAGAGAAAAUACUCUUACGGCACGGAAACCUCAGCAAGAUACUGCCACUGUCUUUUCAGAACUUCCCCAGGCUUCAUUUGCUCUCCAUAACUGGAUUUCUGUUCUCUUCACUUCCAAACCUGACCUUUGGCGCAAAGGAUGUCAGCAGCCUGAGGAGUUUGGAUCUCAGCAGUAACUGCCUGCUGAGCUGUGGGAUUGAGCCUUUGGCUUUCUCUGGCUUGGGAAUCCUCGAGGAGUUGAUUCUUACAAACAAUGCCUUGGAUACGCUGAAAAGUUCUUGGUUCUUAGAGAUGACUCUGCUCACCAAACUCCUCCUUUCUGACAACAAAAUUACAUAUCUUCCUCCAAAGACUUUUGAGAAUUUGACUAAGCUGAACGAACUCAUUGUGUCUUCCAAUUUCAUUCAGUAUCUUUCCAUGGACACAUUUUAUGGGCUAGCAUCAUUGACCAAACUGGACUUAUCAAGCAAUGAAAUCCUGUUUAUUAAUAAUGAUGUUUUCCAGCCUUUGCAGGCCCUGACGCAUCUGUGGUUGUUUAAGAAUAAGCUGACUGCGCUGGCCAGCAUUCCAGACUCUCUUACCUCCUUGUCUCUUAAUGAAAAUCCUUGGAUCUGUGACUGUCAUCUGGUGAGCUUCAUGCAGUUACUGAAAGACAAAGUUCAGAUACCCAGUGGCCUGGUUUGCAAUAGUCCGCCGAGCCUGAGGGGACGCCGUAUGUUGAGUGUCGGGCCUGAAGUCUGUGCUUAUCCAACUCACGCAGGAAAUCUACCACAGGAAAGCACUUCAAAAUUGAACUCGCUGUAUGGCUUCACAGGAGGACUUUUCUUUAGUUUCAUCAUGUGCCUGAUAGUCUAUUUCAUCACAAAACACUGGAAAUAUAGCAGAGUUACUAAUCAGGCAGAGGAUGGACCCGUCUUACAGAAGGACUCUGUGGAAGAGUUCCCAAGAAGCGUGACUGAUACCCCUUCAGUAUCCCCACUUCCCCAUAACUGUGUGAUAAAAGCAAAUAGGACAAGGGGCUUUCAGAAGGAAAGUGAAGCAGACACAAUAGAAAAAGCACUGUGUGACCAUUUGAAGAACAUGUUCCAAUCCAGCAGAGAACAUUCAGAAACAAGCUCCCCAGUGAAGAUGCCUGGAGUGGCCCUGCUGCCGACUCUCAGUCCCACAAGUAAACAGAUCAUGACGAUCUGUAAAGAUGGAACGGAAAUUGGAAGAUUAACUGAACAUCCAGACAAAGCCACAAGCCCAGCACUCCCGCAAGUGGGCAACAAAAAUGUGGAGAGAGCCGCUGAAAUUCCCAGAUGUGUCAGUGCACCAGGCUUAAUUCCUAAUGUGGAGAAACAACCUUCUCCAGAAAGGGACCCUGGUUUGCAUUUCUCAUCGUCGAGCCAUGAAAAAACAAUCCCGAUGAGGGAGUGGAUGGAGAAUGGGGAACCUGCCUUGGUGAAAUAUUUUGAAACACAGUGGGAAGAGCGGGUUUUGAGUCCCAUUACCUGGCUUUCUGGUUCUCAAUGUUCCCGGACUUUGGUAAAUGUAGUUUCUCCAGCAGGAAGUGCUACACAUAUACAAACAGGCAGAGACAGAAUUCACACCACCUCUAACAAGAGAAGUAAAUCCUGGAGCCCCUUUCACUUCAACAUCUCCAGUCAUUUAACAGAGGCUCAUGGAGAUGGUGCAUCUAGAAGAAAUGCUGAGAAUGGAUUUGAGGCCAACUUGGUGCAUUCAAGAAGAGACAAAGACUGCGAGACUUUAUGUCAAGAACAUUUUAUAAAGAGUGAGUCCACAGAUACUACUGAGGACAGAUCCAAAGAUAAAGGAAUAAAAGAACCAGACUUGCAGAAAGACAUCUAUCUUAAGAACUGUUGCAUUGCACAAAGUGAAAGCAACUAUCAGAGAGAGACUACGAACACAGGGGAUGUCAACCUCACUCCAGAACCUGAAGCACCAGCCAACUCCCCACUUUCAGAUUUAGCCAGCCCUAGAGAAUAUGCUGGUGCCAGCAACCCAGAUAAUAAAGGCAUCAAGCCUGCAGCAGAGGGAAAAUUAGUUAGCCCCUUUCUUGGGAAAGAAGGUAUCCAUCCCCCAUCUUUCUGUAAUAAUGAUGGAUUGGGAGAAGAGGUGUCCAGCUGUAGAACACCCAGGAGUGAGAAACCUGACAAAGAAUCUUCCUUAAAGAAUAAUACAUUAACAAAAGAGAGAUUUUGGAAAUACCAUACGAAUUGCUGCAAUGAAUUCCAGCCCUGCCCAAUUGCUCAGAAAGUAUUAAAGGAGCUGAAGACUACGCUUCUGACUUCGAGAGAGCAAUUAGAUCUGUCCACGCAGGCUCCCCCCUCUGACAUGGAUCUACUGAAAGAACAAGAAGUGACCACAACUUGCCUUGUCCAGUGUAUAAACAGUGAGAUGCCACUAACAAACAAAUGGGAAAAGGGACACUAUAGCACUUUGCCAGACGUACACGCCUCCUUUGCUCCUGAUGGAAUUUGCCAUCAAGAGUUACCUGGAGAUGACAGUAAAAUUUCUUGUGGGCUUCCUCAGACAAUAACUCUGCAGCUGGGCCAACAAACCAGUAUAUCUCACCAAGAAGCUGGUGCUGAAUGCCAGUCUCUAUGUAAGGCAAUUGUUGAACCCAUCAGUGAAUUUCAAGGGAGCACUGAGAAAUGCAUUGUAAAAGUUCAGAGCAGGAUGGUGGAUAGUUUGGAGCAACUGCUGUUAAGAAAUGCCUCUGUUGGUGCCAAUCAUCUCCCGUCCAGAAGAUGCGAGAAUACACAUAAUGAACAUGUUGCCCAGGACUGGAAGUCUUUGGAUGCAGAAACCGAUUCGGAUGCACUGACACAAACAUAUAAUACCAUCAAUGAGCAUUUAGCAGGAGGUGAAGAAGGUUGUGUUCCUGCAUCUCCAAGUAUUUUGGACAGAGAACUCUGCAAUGUUAAAUCUCUACAACUCAGUGCUAUGGCAUCUGUCUAUACUUGCCUCCCACUCAGUGCAGAUGAAAGCACUCCGGAUCCUGACUCUAUAACUUCCAGUCCGAAUAUUAGUAAAGUUUCUUUAUUGGACAUUCAUGAAGUUGAACAUAAAAGUGUAGCAGACAGGAAGUCCAACCGUUAUUUGUCAAAUGCGGUUAUUUUGGUGCAGAAAACGCAAAUUUCUCCAAGUGAAGAGAAAAGUGUAGGCAGAUUGAGAGAUGAAAGUGCUGAUGCUGAAUUCAUGCUUAAUGAGAAUGAGGGAGCUCAGUUUAAUAUUGAUGAGGAGAAAACAAAGGCAUUUCAAUCUGACUGUACUGAGCACAAUUUGUAUGAGUUAGUGACCGUUGUUAGCUCAAAUGACACAGACGACCAAAAGAAUAUUAGGGAGCUGUUAGCCCCUAGUGACAUUUUGAGGAUUGAAAAUAAUACCUGGCAUAAUACAGACAACAAUCCUUCUAGAAGCUGCUUGGAAAAUGCCUGCAGUUCUAUAGCAGCCGAUCGUAAUGAAUGUGACGAUGUUGGAUGCAAAAAGGAAACUGGCCAUGAAUAUCUCUACCAACCUGCGGCAUCAAAAGGGUGCAGAUCCUCUACAAAUCCUUCUCUUACUGUUUAUGAAAGUCAAGCAGAAGAAAUCAGUGUUGCAGGCUAUGAUGCUACUGUUUCUCACUCAGGCCAGGCCUCCAGGAAUACAGGAAUUCAGCAAUUCGCUUGUAAUAAAAAGGACAAGUGUCAGCUCCAAAAUAUACAGGUAAAUCCAAAAAUGGAGAACGAACCAGAUAUGAAAUAUUCUAACUCUAAAUACCACAUGUUAGUGGCUGGCAACACAGAUGCCAAACUUUGUGUGGCAGGAGACGACCCCUCUGCCGGUCCAUAUUUAGAAAGCAGACAGCCCCUGGAGAUUGGACUACGUUCUAAGACCAUUUGUCUGCCAGAGCAAUCUCACAGGUCUCUUCUGCCACAAGGUUCUGCGCUUUCCGACCCAUGGAAGAAGGAAUUGGAGCAAAACUGGAGUGAAAGUCUAUCAGCAAAACAACUCAAGAAAACAUAUUGUUCUGUUUUCAGACUAUCGACUGAAGGCUCAUCUUUUGGGAAGCUUUGCCAGAAUGUAGACUGCACCAUUGAGCCUCCUGAUCUGAGCAAGGGAACAUCCUCCACUACCUCACUGACACCAAAUCCGUGUUUAUUGGGACAAGAAACGGAAAUACAUGCAAAUGGAGAGUCUUGGGCAUUCAACCCUCAGCUGAUGGAUAAAGCCACAUAUUUAAGUUGCCUUUAUAAUCCAAAGGCACCGAGGAAACAAGCAAAUGAACGAAGUGUACUUUCUAACCUCCGCUAUUGUAAAAUUUCAGCAAAAGUAUCCUUUGGUGCGGAGGAGGAGGAAGGGAGGUCAUUGUCACAAAAAAAAGAAAAUGACCCAGACCAAUUAACGAGUGACCAUCAGUAUAAACCUUCAGCUAAAAAAGUAGUCCCCGCAGAUAGCGACUGAUGUAAGUAUACUACCUGAUUUGAGGCACUAGACUUCGGUAGAGCUUUGCACAGCUAAAAUGCAAUCAACUUGUAAAAUGAAUGGGUUUGUUGUGUAAAUGAGGACUGUCAAAAAUACCACUACUGUAUUGUGCUGUAGAGAUACACGUGAUACUUUUCUAUUACACAGUGAUCUUGUACAUCACUCUGGCCCUGUGUUUUCAGUCUCUUUCAUUCAGAAAUGUAAUUUCAAGAUACCCGUGUAUAUAAUUUUUGAUCUUGAACUAAUCAGAAGUGUUAAACAUCCCAUGAAAAACAUUCAGUGGCAUGCAAGUUUAGGCCUUACAUUUGAUGUACUCAGUGUAAUCUGUUCAUAGAUGUUUUGGAAUUAAAGCUUACCUGCUUUAAAGAAGGAAAGACUCAUAGAAUAUCAGGGUUGGAAAGGACCUCAGGAGGUCAUCUAGUCCAGCCCACUGCUCAAAG